AAGAAAAGAAGGACAAAUGACUUUGAUAAAGAUAUGUCACCCGUCCAGCAAAAAGAAGCCAUGUCUUGUGACUCAAAAUAUAGGGCACAUGGACCAUUUCCAAAAGGAAAACAAGGCCUGGAUGUCAAUCGAGCAACAUUUAGCCACUCAAUCCAUGGCCCGUGAUGCAAUGGAGACGUAUGGCUCAGCCCAGGCUCUCGACGACAUGACAAACUCUCUUUCUAGUGUCUGAUAUAAUGACAUGGUGCCUCUCUUGACACAACAUCGCUUCGCCACCCCUCCUUCAGAACUCUCACAACCACAUACAAUCGAAUUCGGAUAUCUGUUUCAGAACGACUGGGUCUACAUUUCUCACACUAACCGGACCGGCCUGUACAUUCUUCCAUGGACAAAAGACGUUCGUCCUUCGUCCACGACCCUCUCCCCCUUGUGACCGAUCGACAACCACGGUCCAACAUGGCGGAUCCUGGAGAUGACAUCCUGGACCCUAUGAUGGAUGAUGACACCAAAGAGAACAAUAUCAACAAAAGCCCCGAUGACAUGGGCCCUCAAAGUUCCAUCGGGCCGGAAAGCAAGUCGACAGCCCCUGAUGCUAGAGCAGAAUACGAUGCCCAUCACGGCAUGAACCGACAGCUGUUAGACACGAGCGCUGGAUUCCCGGCCCAGAUGUGCGACGCAGGUCCCAUUGAUAGUCUCGGAGACACUACUGUGCGCAAUUUCUCCAGCGAGGAUGAGAUAAACGAAACACUCUAUGGCAGGGAUGGGUCGAUGUAGAGGAUUUUCCUGUACUGUUCUGGAAAAGUGCUUUCACAAUAUCUAAAAGUCUCCGUCACAGAAUAUUAUACCAUGCUGCUCAGAGGGAAAUGCCAAGUACUGCCCUUGGAGAGCUCAGAUUCCAGUGCCGCAUGCCGAGAGCUCUAUGCUCUUAAGCGCGGAGUAGACGGGCGAUUCAAUCAGCCUAAUCCGGGGGUGCAAUACGAAUCCGAAAU